AAAAAAGGAAAAAUCAUAAACACAGGCCAAACGGUUGUUUAUAAAAAAGCUUAUUUGUAAACUUCCCCGCAGUUUCCUCUACAAUUUCCACUCCACUCUGGUUCUCUCAAAGCACUUAAUACACACCCUCCCUUUCAAGGAAUGUAUUAGAAGGAUUCGUUUUGUGAUUGUUUGUGUUUGUGAGCGUCAUCUUUCCUGCGGUAACACAGAAAUGAGUGAAGAGGAGAAACCGUCGCCGUAUAGGCGACAUGAUAAUGAUCUGGAGGCCGGCAUUAAUGAGUUCGAGGAGGAAGAGGAUUCAGGACCUUUCGAUAUUUUGCGAACCAAGAGCGCCUCCGUUGAUCGACUCAAACGAUGGAGACAAGCGGCACUUGUGCUAAAUGCUUCUCGUAGAUUUAGGUACACAUUGGAUCUGAAAAAGGAAGAGGAAAAGAAGCAGGUUAUAACAAAAAUCAGAACACAUGCACAAGUCAUACGGGCUGCCUACCUUUUCCAAGCAGCCGGGAAGCAAGAAUUGGGCACUGCCCCGAAGUUGCCAGUAACUACAGUCCCUUCUGGUGAUCAUGGUAGUAAACCGGAGCAACUCGCGUCAAUGACAAGGAAUCAUGAUUUCUCUGCUUUGCAAAAUUAUGGCGGGGUAAAUGGACUGGCUGACACGUUGAAGACAAGUUUAGAUAAAGGUAUCAAUGGGAAUGAGGCUGAUAUUUUGGAGCGGAAGGAUGUAUAUGGAUCAAAUACGUAUCCGAGGAAAAAAGGGCGAAGCUUUUGGAGAUUUCUCUUGGAUGCAUGUCGCGAUACUACUUUAAUAAUUCUGAUGGUAGCUGCAGCUGCUUCUUUGGUCCUGGGCAUAAAGACGGAGGGUUUAUCUGAAGGUUGGUAUGAUGGUGGUAGCAUUGCCUUAGCGGUCGUAAUUGUUGUUGUUGUCACAGCUCUCAGUGACUAUAAACAGUCUCUUCAAUUUCAAAAUCUAAACGAGGAGAAGCAAAAUAUACAUUUGGAGGUUACUAGAGGUGGUAGAAGAGUAGAGAUAUCAAUAUUUGAUAUUGUUGUUGGUGAUGUUUUACCUCUAAAAAUUGGUGAUCAGGUCCCUGCUGACGGUGUUCUAAUAUCUGGGCAGUCCCUUGCAAUUGAUGAGUCCAGUAUGACUGGGGAGAGCAAGAUCGUUCAAAAGGAUCAUAAAGCACCGUUUCUUAUGUCUGGUUGUAAGGUAGCCGAUGGUUAUGGGACUAUGCUGGUUACAAGUGUUGGGAUUAAUACUGAAUGGGGAUUGCUAAUGGCUAGCAUUUCAGAAGAUAAUGGCGAAGAAACCCCAUUACAGGUCCGUUUGAAUGGAGUUGCAACAUUUAUUGGUAUAGUUGGCCUAAUGGUGGCUGUAUCUGUUCUUGUUGUUCUUCUAGCCAGAUAUUUUACCGGGCACAGCGAGGAUGAGGAAGGGAAUCAAGAGUAUUUUCCUGGCAAGACUAAAGCUAGUGAUGCUAUUGAUGGAGCAAUUAAAAUUUUCACCGUUGCAGUCACCAUUGUUGUUGUAGCUGUUCCAGAAGGGCUUCCUUUAGCUGUCACUUUAACGCUUGCCUAUUCAAUGAGAAAAAUGAUGGCUGACAAGGCCUUGGUCAGAAGGCUUUCUGCAUGUGAAACAAUGGGUUCUGCUACCACCAUUUGCAGUGACAAAACAGGAACUUUGACGCUAAAUUUGAUGACAGUUGUUGAUGCUUACAUAUGUGGGAAGAAAUUUGAUCCUUCCGAAAAUCAGUCAGUGUUACCUCCUAAAGUUGCAUCACUCCUAAUUGAAGGCAUAGCACAGAAUACAACCGGCAGUGUGUUUAAGUCCGAGGAUGGCGAGGUGGAGGUUUCUGGAUCACCAACUGAGAAAGCCAUUCUUCAGUGGGGGGUCAACCUAGGAAUGGCUUUUGAUGAUGUCAGAUCAGGUUCUUCUAUUAUUCAUGCUUUUCCAUUCAACUCAGAGAAAAAGCGCGGGGGUGUAGCGGUACAGCUGACAGAUUCUAAUGUUCAUCUGCACUGGAAAGGUGCUGCGGAGAUAGUUUUAGCCUGCUGCUCAAGCUACAUCAAUGUCGAUGAGGGCUUGGUGCCAAUUGAGGAAGAUCAGAGAAUGUUGUUUAAAAAAGCCAUCGAAGAUAUGGCUGCAGGAAGUCUGCGUUGUGUUGCCCUUGCUUACAAAAAAUGUGGCAGAGAUACUGUACCAGAUAAUGAAGAGGAGCUGGCUCAUUGGCAAUUGCCAGAGGAUGACCUCGUCUUGCUUGCUAUUGUAGGACUGAAGGAUCCUUGCCGCCCUAGUGUUAAAGUUGCUGUUCAACUUUGCAUUGAUGCUGGCGUCAAGGUGAGAAUGGUCACCGGUGACAAUCUUCAAACUGCAAGAGCAAUUGCUUUGGAAUGUGGCAUACUUCAGUCAGAUGAGGAUGCUACUGUACCUAAUAUCAUAGAGGGGAAGACAUUUCGUGAAUACUCAGAAGCUGAUAGGCUUAUAGCUGCUGAGAAGAUAUCUGUGAUGGGAAGGUCGUCCCCAAAUGAUAAACUGUUGCUUGUGCAAGCUUUGAGAAAGAAUGGACAUGUUGUUGCCGUAACUGGGGACGGCACUAAUGAUGCACCUGCUUUACAUGAGGCUGAUAUUGGUCUUGCCAUGGGAAUCCAAGGAACUGAGGUUGCAAAAGAAAGCUCCGAUAUUAUUAUAUUGGAUGACAAUUUUGCUUCAGUUGUAAAGGUUGUUCGAUGGGGCCGAUCUGUCUAUGCUAAUAUACAAAAGUUCAUACAGUUCCAGUUGACAGUAAAUGUUGCUGCUCUUGUGAUAAAUGUUGUUGCCGCCGUUUCUGAUGGAGAUGUACCACUUAAUGCUGUGCAGCUUCUAUGGGUGAAUCUUAUUAUGGAUACUCUUGGAGCACUUGCUCUGGCUACUGAACCACCAACAGACCACCUCAUGAAAAGAUCUCCUGUCGGUCGAAGAGAACCUCUAAUAACGAAUAUUAUGUGGAGAAAUUUGCUUGUCCAGGCUUUCUAUCAAGUCUGCGUCCUGCUUGUCCUUAAUUUUCAUGGCAAAAGUAUUCUGAACCUGGAGCAUGAAAAAAAGGAACAUGCUGAGAAAGUGAAAAAUACAUUGAUUUUCAAUGCUUUUGUUCUGUCUCAGAUAUUUAAUGAAUUCAAUGCACGCAAGCCUGACGAGAUGAAUGUAUUCAAAGGUGUUACCAAGAAUCGUUUAUUCAUGGGGAUUGUGGGAAUAACUCUAGUUCUUCAGGUCAUUAUCAUAAUGUUUCUCGGGAAAUUUACUACAACAGUUAGGCUUAGCUGGAAGUUGUGGCUCGUCUCUAUAAUCAUCGGCUUUAUCAGUUGGCCACUUGCUGCCAUUGGAAAGCUGAUACCAGUUCCAGAUAAACCUUUGAGUUCGUUCUUCACCAGAAAAUUGUUACGUAGAAGAACUUCAAGAGGAUCUGCAGGUUGAAAGGGUAGGAAGCUGAAAUGGACAUGCUUCUGAGUUAUUUUAUUUUUGCACAUCCACUGACCACGUAUACAGCUGUUGAUAGAAGUAGUGAUGUCAUAUACAACUUCUUAUGCUAGCAUUGUUAACUUACACGACACACGAGGGUUUUGCCAGGCAAUUGUCAAUAUCUGAAAUUAUUAGUUGCUCUUGAAUUCUUUUUUCUUUUGGGGGCAUUGGUAUUGAGCUGAAACUGGUUCCCACUGUCAGUGACUCUGUGCAAACAAUCAAGUUGAGACUGAAAGUAAUAGUAUGAGCUUCUACACCAAGUUGGGUGCAACUUAGCUGAUUA